ACCUUAGAAUGAAAGCUUUUGCUGCCAGGACAGUGAAAGACAGAAGCUCAUAUAGGCUACAUAAGGUACAUUGCAGACAUGGAGCCAGGAUCAGUUGUCAGCGCUGUGCGGAGCCAGAGGGUUUUGUGUGGAGAGGAAAUUCGACCUGCAGUUAUCAUAAUAAAGGAAGGAAAGAUUCAUAGCAUUCUGCCUGAUUCAGAAGCUUCAGCGCACACAGCUGGAAAGGUAGUGGAUGUGGGGAACAGUCUGAUAAUGCCAGGUAUUGUGGACUGUCAUGUUCAUGUUAAUGAACCCGGCCGUACCUCCUGGGAAGGGUACUGGACUGCCACACAAGCAGCUGCUGCUGGAGGAGUCACCACAAUUGUUGACAUGCCUCUAAACAGCAUCCCGCCAACUACAACUCUAAGAAACUUUCAUGAGAAGCUGCGUGCUGCUACGGGACAGUGUUUUGUAGACACAGCAUUUUGGGGAGGAGUCAUCCCUGGAAACAAGCUGGAGCUGAGGCCGAUGGUUCAGGCUGGUGUUGCUGGAUUUAAGUGCUUUCUGAUUCACAGUGGAGUAGAUGAGUUUCCUCAUGUGAGUGACACGGAUCUGCAUUCAGCUAUGAAACAGCUCCAGGGAACAGGCAGCGUUCUGCUGUUUCAUGCGGAGCGAGAAGUCAAGCAUGCAGCUGCUGAGAAAGGGGAUCCACAUGAGUAUUCCACCUUCCUGAGGUCAAGGCCGGACAUUAUGGAGCUUGAGGCCAUCCGUACCGUCACUCAGCUCUGCUUACAAUAUCAAGUAAGAUGCCACAUUGUGCAUCUGUCAUCAGCCCAGCCUCUGGAGCUCAUCAGGGCAGCGAGAAAGGCUGGAGCUCCUCUGACUGUAGAGACCACCCAUCACUACCUCAACCUGUGUGCAGAGAACAUUCCAGCACGUGCAACUCAGUUUAAAUGCUGCCCCCCGAUACGAGACACAGCCAACCGGGAGCUCCUAUGGUCUGCACUCAAAGCUGGUGAUAUUGAUAUGGUUGUGUCAGAUCAUUCACCAUGCACACCUGACCUUAAGUGUUUAGACAGUGGUGAUUUCACACAGGCAUGGGGAGGGAUCUCUUCCCUGCAGUUUGGUUUAUCUUUGUUCUGGACAUCAGCUUCUAAAAGAGGGUUUUCAUUUUUUGAUGCAGUAAGGCUCUUGUGUAAAGAGCCUGCUCAACUAUGUCGCCUUGACGACCAAAAAGGGAGUCUCAUUCCAGGUCACGAUGCAGACUUAGUCAUUUGGGAUCCAGAAAAAGAGUUUACGGUGAACAAAGGCAACAUACAUCACAAAAACAAGUUAACACCGUACCUUGGUCUUGCUCUGCGAGGGAAGGUGAAGGCCACUAUAGUCCGAGGGAAGGUGGUUUACAGUCAUGGCUCUUUCAGUUCUCAGCCUCUUGGGAAGCCUCUCUUUAUUAACCACAAGACACCGUCCCCUUUGUAAACUAAGCACAUAAAGCACAUUACAUUAUCUCACCUUAUUCUUCACUGUUAGGAUGUGCUACGGUAAAAAUGGUGCUGUGUGGCAUGUCAUUUUAGAGUACAAUUUAUUUAAUUGAUUGUGCAGUAUUGUGGUAUAUUCAAAAAUGCAUUUGGUAACACUUUGCACAAACACUGCAAACAAACAGUAACUACUACUAAAACAGAAAUAACCUAAUACUUAAUCUUAAUGGGACAGUCUAUCCAAAAAAAGAACAUUCUGUCAUAAUUGACUUCUUAUGGCAUUUCAAAGCUGUAUGACUUUCUUUCUUCUGUGGAAGUUAUUUUGAAGAACAGAAGAGUUCUAAUUGACUUUGAUUCCCAUUGUAUUUUUUGUCCAUAUAAUGAAUCCAAACAUUCUUUAAAAUACUGUCUUAAAGUAUGAAAAAUAUGUCAUGGAGCUUUUGGAACUUGUUAUUAAGCUGAUAUUCUGAUUAAAUUUGGUAUAUAAUUUGUAAAUGUACAUAAAUGUUACACAUAUUUUUGAUCCAAUUAAAAUCUCUUAGACCCCUCCCCCCAAAUUACAGCAUUUACACAAUAGGAUUUUAUGCAUUAAAAUAUGAAUGUGAUGAAUUUUUUGACGUUUUCAUUCAAUCAUUUAAUUUUAUUUUGUUAAUUAAUAAUGAAUACUGUUAACAUACAAUGUUGUUGAUGACCAAAAUGUUUAAAUGUAGGUUUCUUCAGGUAAUAAUAGAUGUUAUGAAUGUUUAACUUCAAAGCAAAACUGUGAAUUUCAGAGUUUGCUUUGAAUUUUUAGAAUUCAUUUAAUGGUUUACAUGUAAAAUACAUUAUCAAUAAAGAAUUUUGAAAUUCUUUAACUGA